AUGCACGCUAUUUUUUCCACCUACUGGAAACCGGUUCAACAUUUUACCCCUUUUCUUCCUUCCCAUAAUUUCCCUCUUUUUUUCCUGUGGCUAUUCAGGGAUUUCUAUCUAUCUAUCUAUCUAUCUAUCUAUCUAUCUAUCUAUCUUUUCUAUCUAUCUAUCUAUUCUAUCUAUCUAUCUAUCUAUCUAUCUAUCUAUCUAUCUAUCUAUCUAUCUAUAUAUAUAUAUAUAUAUAUAUAUAUAUAUAUAUUUAUUCAAACAGGCUUGUUCUUUCUUUCUUUCUUUCUUUCUUUCACUGAUUUAUUCAUUCAUUCAUUCAUUCAUUCUUUCUUUUUUUUUUUGCAUUUUAAUUUUCAUUUUAGUUCAUUUCCUUUCGUCUUCAUCUGCUUUUUUUCUUUUCAAGUUUUUAAAUUUUCGUUCACUUCUUUUCUUUCUUUUUAUUUCCACGGUUCUUUCUUUCUUUCUUUCUUUUUUCUUUCUUUCUUUCUUUCUUUCCUUUCUUCUUUCUUUCUUUCUUUCUUUCUUUCUUUUUUUUGCAUUUUAAUUUUCAUUUUAGUUCGUUUCCUUUCGUUUUUGUCUGCUUUUUUUCUUCAAGUUUUUAAAUUUUCGUUCAAUUCUUUUUCUUUCUUUUUAUUUCCACUUUACCUUUUUCCUUUCGUUUUGAUUCGCCUCUUUUUCCUUCUUAUUCAAACCUACUGUUCGUUAACUCAUUCUUUCUUUGAUUCCUUCGUUCUUUCUUUCUUUCACUCAUUUAUUCAUUCAUUCUUUCUUUCUUUCUUUGAUUCUUUGCAUUUUCAUUUUCAUUUUAGUUCGCUUCCUUUCGUUUUCGUCUUUUUCUUUCUUUUCAAGUUUUUAAAUUUUUGUUCACUUCUUUUUCUUUCUUUUUAUUUCCACGUUUCUUUCUUUAUUUCUUUCUUUCUUUCUUUCUUUCUUUCUAGUUUACCUUUUUCUUUUCGUAUUGAUUCGCCACUUUUUCCUUUCACUUUCAAACCCACUGUUCCUUAUCUCAUUCUUUCUUUCGUUUAUUUUCUUUUUUUUAAAUUUCGCAUUUGCUUUUAUUUCUUAUCAAUGGCCAACUUUGUGAUGCUAAAUCUGUGCACAUUUGGUAGACGGAUACCUGUUGCUUAUCACUUCCUUUUUCUUCAGUUUUUCUUUUCAAUUUUCCUUCAUUUAGCCUUUAUUCGUGUUUCGCUCUUUCACAUUUUCGUUCACAUUUGUCUUUUUUUUGUAUUUCGUUCACUUUUUUUUUUCUUAUUUUACUUUUGUAUUUUCCUUGUUUUGUUUUCUUUCUUUCAUUUUAUCUUUUUCGCAUUCACCUUCUUCUUUUUUCAAUUUUCUAUAUUUCCUUCUUUCUUUUUGUUUUUUUACUUUCUUUCCUUCCUUUCUUCCUUUGGACAUUCAUUUAUUCUUUCUGUCUUUCUAUUUUCUCUUUCUUUUUCUUUCUUCAUUUUUUUCUUUCUUUCUUUUCAAUUUUUUCCGUUUAGAUUUCUUUCUUUUUUUAUUUUGUCUUUAUAUUCUCCUUGCUUUGUUUUAGUUUAUUUUUAUUUAUUUCACCUUCUUGCCUUCUUUUUUAAUUUUCUUUCUUUCUUUCUUUCUUUCUUUCUUUCUUUUGCAAUAUUUUACUCUCUUUCCUUGCUUCAUUCUUUUUUUUUGCAUGCUUAUUUUCUUACCAUGUUUUGCUUCAGUCAUUUUUUUUUAUUUCACGUUCAACUUUUUUCUUUUUUUUAUUUUUCUUUUCAUUUUCAUUUUUUUAAUCUUUUUUUCAUUCAUUCAUUCUUUCUUUCUUUCUUUGUUGUCGUCAUAAAUGUUAUCAUUUCGCUGUUGUCUCUUAGUCUUUCUUAUUUUCCUUACUUUCUUUUUCCGCCUACACUUCUCUCUUUUACUUUUCCAUCCUUGUUUUUCUCCUUCUUCCUUUUUUUUCAUAUCUUCUUUUCUCCCAUCAAAUGUAGGUAA